AUGGCAGACUUCGUUUCCAGUGAUGGUGCUUCUCCAGGGUUUGAUGUUCACACUCUAUCUCAUCUCCUCAAUCAACUCACGCACUUGCAGUCGCAAUUGAAUCGUAAAAAUAUGAGUCUUCUUUCUGAUCCCUCAAGUGUAUUCUUUCUUCAUCCAAGCGAAAAUCUUGGGGUUUCAAUUAUUUCUGUGAAAUUGGAUACCAAGAACUAUAAUGAAUGGUCCAGAGCAAUGUUAAUUGCGCUAAAAUCUAAGAAUAAGCUUGGCUUUGUGGAUGGUACAUUACCAAAAUCUAGUGUAGAUGAUCCCAAUUUUUCGGCUUGGGACAAGUGUAAUACCUUUGUUGUGGCAUGGAUUCUUCAAUCCCUGAGUAAUGAAAUUUCAAGAAGUGUCAUUUGGAAUGAUAUAGCUGUGGAUAUCUGGAAUGAUUUGAGGCAUCGUUACUAUUAA